AUGGUAGCGAUUAUUCGUGCUGCGACAGCACGUCAACAGCAAUCAUUUAAUGCAGAUACUAUUGUUGUAUCUGGUACUGUAAACAAAAAGAAUGUUACCUUUAUAUCGCCAUCAGUUAACCCAUCUAGUUCAAAUACAUCUUUAGUUAAUAUACCAACAACAGUAUCAACAUACUUAUCAAUAGUUAAAUUAUUUCAUCAAAAUCAUAACGAUAUUGUUGGUAUUAAUGAUGCUAUUGAUAUUAACGGUGCUAAUCAAUUUAUUAAUUUACAUAUCAACUAA